UAUUGCGCGUGUCCAACCUGAGCCCCAGAUUGGCCUAUAGUGCAUGCUGAGCCAAAACAUAAAAUAAGAAAGAAAAACGCACAGGUAAAGAGAACCUGUCGAGAACGGGAACGGGCAGAAGCAUGAAAGAAUCAUCUCAUGUUAAGAAAAAGAAGCCCUUCAUUUUACCGGCUACAAACCCCAUAGUGCAACAUUCGGAUACGCAUCAACAUUGGAGGUGUGUGCAGCUUGUGCUGUGCUGUGCGUUCAAGUCUUUGCGUGUAAACAUAAUUUUUUACUCACAAUUAGCGCGGCAUCUGCAUCGAUUGCAUGCUUUUUACAUUAAUCUCAACAAACAGAAGAUUUGUGCGCAAAGGAUUGUGCUUGGAGUGAGGUAAAAUUGUGGUUUUGAAAAGCAAUCAUAUUUAGGGGUUGCGAUCGCUUCCGAAAGGCGAAUGGGAUGGUGUUAGAGAAACGGAUCGCGAUACCACCAAUACAAGCGUUUAUAUUCCGUUGCAACGGUGUGCGUGCGUGAAAGCGCUUCAGCGUAGGAGAGUUGUUUGUUUACAUUUUGUAUCCAAAAUUGUGCGGAAGAAAAGUUACGAACACGCUCAGAUACAGCAUAAGUUUAGUUCACUCGCGUAUCGAUUGGAAUUCUGCAGUGCAGCACUUCUAUUCGCGAUCGUCAUUUGGUUCUCCCUGAUCGGCGGAAUAAUACGUCGCUUAAAGCAUUUUGAAUGAAAUACGAAAUUAGUUAUCAUAGCGAUUCCGAGACGAUGGGAAGUCGAGCACAGUCCGUUAUCUGCGACAAGGUACUGGCUGGCUUGCCCCAACUUCUUGAUGAUCUUCAAAAACUGUCGGAAGAUCAAGACACGGCGGACAUAGUAUUUGUGCUCGGUUCCGGCGAAGAGCGUGUCUAUGCACAUCGUAUCAUCCUGAUGGCACGGUGUAAAUCAUUUCAAAAUACAAAACGAGGCGAGAUCUGUCGCAUUCCUGGUUGCAAUGUGUCCACGUCUGCUCCCGGCACGCCUACGCCUAUCCGCCUGCCACACAUCGAGCCAGACAUCUUUCGUCAGUUUAUCCUCUAUGUUUAUACCGCGAAAAUAAUGCUGCAGGACUCGAAGGUGUUUGAAAUGAUGACGUUGGCACAGGACAUGGGCGUCGAAGAGCUGAAGAUAGCCUGUGAAGAUCACGUCAGCAAAACCAUGUCUGUUGCGAAUGCGUGCACUUUUUUAACUGCAGUAAUGGAAAUUAAGGAAAAGGCCUGUGGUGCCAAAUGUGCUGCAUCUUUCCUAGAGAAAUGCAUCACAUAUAUAGCCGAAAACGCAUCGGAGUGUGUGAAAACUAAUGCAUUCCUACAUCUUACGAAGGAAGGCCUUAUACAAGUAAUUUCCUACGACAAUCUGGGACUAGAAGAAGAGGACGUUUGGCGUUGUGUGUUGGCAUGGGCGAAGAACCAAGCAGGAGUUACUCAGCCAACAGCUCACUGGACCGAGGAAGAACGGCAGCGUGUUUGUCAGUAUCUGGCACCGGUAAUCUCGCAUGUACGGUUAUUUCUCAUCGACAGCCAAGUAUUUGCUGAAGAAGUCGAGCCUACCGGAGCCGUCCCAAUAGAGCUUUCGCUCGAGAGAUAUCGUAGAGCUGCACUGCAUUCCAACAAGCUACCCACAGCGGCUGCUUCUGCAGCACCGGUACCGGCAGGACCGCUGACUGAAAAUGACAAACGAUUGCAGCCCCGUUUGAUGUUGAAUCUGUUUCACGGUUCAGCCAUACUGAAAAACGAUAAAAUCCAUUUUCAAGGAACUCUAAACGGUUGGUUCGGGGCCGCAAAGCAAACCUGGCGAAUGGUUUACCGGGCUUCAACGAAUGGUUUUGCCGCAUCAGCCUUUCAUCGGCAUUGUGACGGUGUAGCGCCAUUAUUCAUUAUUGCAUUGAGUUCUAGUGGCGCAAUCAGCGGUGGAUUCACGGAUGUAGCGUUUGCAAAAACGAAUCGUAAAGGUGGAUAUUUGCAUUCGGAAAAGGCGUUCCUGUUCGCAUUAAAUUACAACAACGAACAACCGACGAAGUUCGAUAUAGUGAAGAAACCGUACGCGAUUUGUUAUCAUCCGGAUUGUGGUCCCAUAUUCGGAGCCGGAGCUGAUUUGCUGAUUUCAAACAAUUGCAUCUCGAACAUGGAAUCGUACUCCAACUUUCCGCAUUCAUAUGAUGGGCCUAACGCAACGUUUGGACAUUUGUUUGGCGAUUAUAACUUUUCCAUCAUCGAUUAUGAGGUGUUCACGCUUGCACCGGCAUCCGCUCCAGCAGCUAAUAAGCUGAAACAUGAUCGGUAUCCUUGAAAGAAUAAUAUGGCAAACUAAAAGAGCAACAGGGUAUUGAUAAGCUAAGCAAACAUAACUAUAUCUACGAAUGCAUUUGUAAGUAUUGCAUCAUAAAUAUUUAGACGGUUGUGGUUCUACAAUUUUACAUUCCAUUUUAGCAUUAACGCAGUUUAGAUGAUUAUUACACAUAAUAUUAAUGUGUUUUUAAAAUAGUCUAGUUUUUACAGGCUCAUUCAUUUCAUUUAUGGUUGAUGCCAACAUACAUUAAACAAGAUUCAUUCGAUUUAUGCAGAACAUCAAUUGCAUUGCCAAACGAAUCUUUGAAAAGGAAAUAUAUUUUUCCUUAUGUUACUCACCUUAACAGUCCAUUUAAAGUUUAGACUAAAUAAUCAGUCUUUCAAAAGAAAUAAUGAAUAUUUAGUAUUUGUUGUAACAUUCAUACAACUUAUGCCCAUCGAAUUUGGCUCAUUUUGUUUUGGUAGAUCGUGUUAACCUAUUUCAAAUUAGUUAUUUGGAUCUUAUAUGUUUAAUACUCUCAUGACUGGGCGGGCAAUCGAUAAGACGCUUGUAUUGUAUUUUCACAGAAAGAGGUUGAUGAAAGUUUAUACUGCAAAUUCAUUGCCCUAUCGAAAUGGCCAAGAAGAUCGAUUAAUAAGGAGUGCAAUAAAUCACAGCGCGCUUGCAACGCAUAAGUAAGUUGGAACUUUUGAAAACUAUUUACAUUAAAUCCGAAAAUGUUUCGCCAGGGGUCCGAGUUCACUGUUGUAUAGAAUCGCAACUAGUUGUAUAACCUAAGCUUUUCACAAGUCUCCGAUUGUUUUCUCGUGUAGGAUACCAGCGGGUGUAUAUCCUUCACUGGGUCGAAGACUAAGACUGAAUGGGAAGUACUAACGAGUUAACGGUUAUCCGCAGUCAUAGACUAGUAGAAAUUCAAUUGAUUUCAAUGGUUCAAAUAAACCAUACAAUUUUCAGUGUUGCUUACAGGGCGGCAACAAAGUUCUUUUGCUCCACUUUAGUUGAAGAAUAAUUGAAAGGAUUCAGGUUUUUGCGGGUCCUUUAUAGAUGUAGUCGUAAUGACAUCAUGAAUAAUUGUAUAUUGAUUAGUUUUUUUAUGAAGUCUAUCAGUAGACAGAUUAAUAAACAUUUUCGAAAACUAGUAAAGAUAUUAUGCACAACUCAACUAAGAAGUGUUGUCGCCUUCAUAAUGAUUAGAAUUUUCAUCAAUUUUCUUUUUUCAUCAUUCUGUAAUGUCUUCCUUCUAAAGUCUCAACGGCCUCUAGGGUCUUACCGACCCAUUUCAGGCUUACUAGACUUAUUUUUACAACGUAGCCGGAUUUGAAACCCGAUCCUGUCGUGUGGAACCCGUCCCGUUUGUCACGUACACCACGAUGCCGCCCCUAUCACAUACACCACCGGCCGGUCGGUAAUUGUAU